CCACUCUGCAUAAGCCAACUUAUACAUAGUCUAGUGGUGUGUAGUCCAGUCUGACGAUGUUAUGUUUUUGUGAUUGUCUUCAUUUCAAUUCAGUUUAAUGUUGCGUGUUUUCGGUAUUGCGGUGUGUGUUGCAGUGUUUAUGUGAUUACGUAUAGCUAAUAAUGUGGUUAACUUAUUUUGAUAAACAUGAAAUAAAUUUAUAACUGUUUUAAGUCAACACUUAGCUUCUACAUUAAGUGUAAAAUACGGUGACUAGUUUAAGUAAGACAAGAUAUUUCUGUCUUUUCGACACAUCUAUUCCGAAAAGUGUUGCUUUGCGUUAUGAGUAAUAUAAAAAAAUUUAAUUGGUACCUUACUGUGAUAUUAUAGCUAAAAUCAAAUCAAAAUGACUGUUACAUACACUGGUGAAGUAGCUACUUGUCGCGGUUUUGGAACAUUUUUAAAAGUUUUAUACAAAUGGCGGGGCAGUAUAUACAAACUUGUAUGGCUGGAUCUACUAGUGUUUCUACUUUCGUAUUAUACACUCAAUUUAACAUAUCGACUCCUGUUAGAUGAAAAUGCUAAAAGGAUGUUCGAAGGCGUGGUCAACUACUGCAGUUUUCAUGGUAACGUGAUACCCCUGUCUUUCGUCCUGGGCUUCUACGUGACUGUGGUGAUGAACCGCUGGUGGAACCAGUACACCACAAUACCUUGGCCCGAUUCCAUCGCUGUCUUCGUAUCUGCAACUAUUCACGGACAGGAUGAACGUGGGCGUCUGAUGCGACGUACAAUUGUACGCUACGUGUGCCUCUGUCUAACUAUGGUACUAACUAUGAUCUCACCUCGCGUCAAGAAACGUUUCCCAACGUUAAACAACUUGGUCGAAGCUGGUCUCUUACUGGACAACGAAAAGACGAUACUCGACAACCUAAAUAGCAAAUUUCCAAAGCCUUCAAAACAUUGGUUACCCAUUGUAUGGGCUACAAGUAUAGUGACGAGAGCCCGCAAGGAGGGCCGAAUAAGAGACGACUUUGCUGUGAAGACAAUAAUUGACGAGCUGAACAAGUUCCGAGGACAGGCAGGGCUGUUGCUCAGCUAUGACACCAUCAGUGUGCCUUUAGUGUACACUCAGGUGGUAACGAUAGCCGUGUACUCGUACUUCAUAACGUCUGCGCUCGGCAGCCAAUGGGUGGACAACAAAUUGCAAUCAGCUCACAGCGAUGUCUACAUCAGCAAUAUAGAUCUUUACUUCCCAAUAUUUACGACACUAGAGUUCUUCUUCUACAUGGGCUGGCUGAAAGUGGCAGAGUCAUUGAUCAAUCCUUUUGGGGAAGAUGAUGACGACUUCGAAGUUAACUGGCUGAUUGACAGAGACUUGCAGGUUUCAUACAUGAUAGUCGACGAAAUGCAUCACGAGCAUCCGGAGCUGAUCAAGGAUCAGUACUGGGACGAGGUGUUCCCCGCCGAGCUGCCGUACACCAUCGCCACUGAGAACCAGAGGGAGGAGCAUCCCGAACCUUCGACAGCGCGCGUCGCAGUCCCAGCGCGCCAACGUAGCAUGGUCACUGUCGCCCCAUCUUCCGUCAAGAUCGAGGAAAUGGUCCCCUCCAACACCGUGAGUUACAAGUUCGCCCCGGCCGAGCAAUUACAAAUGAACGACGACGCGGUAUCGGGCAUUCAUUUCAUCGUGUCAAGAGGCAGUAAGCGCGGGAAAAAAGAGGACAGGAACUCCAUGGGGUCGAGUAAUUCGAUGGCGUCGCUACAACAAACUCCAAUGACGCGCGCUAAUUCUGUCACCUCCAUGUUGAAGAGAUUGUUCUCGAAGGAAGAUCAGAGACAACCCUCUGCGCCCGUUAAUACUCAAACUGAUGGAGCUUCAGGAGGCACUCGUUUCGUUAUAUCAGCGAGUAAUCCGACAUUGAACAAACCGGCGGCGACCGCAGCAGGCAGUAUGAAGAUCGCAAACGAGGUCAUCGAGGAGGUGGAUGAGCAGGCUACCAUUACCAGCAUGGGCAAGCGGCAGGAGAACAGGCCGACUGCGAUGAGUUUGUUCGCGCAAGGGCCACCGAACGCGAGCGAUCCAGUUAAUGUUCCGACGAGAAACUCCAAUCAUAAUUCUACGACUCGUCUAUCGUCGUCCGCACCGUCGCAAUGGGCGCGCGCGGCGAGCGCCGUGCUAGAAGGAAGAGGAGACACGAGUCCGGCUGCAAAGUCCCUGCGUGCACAGGACUCAUUCCCAGGGCUCGAGCGGCCUCGCCUCGACAGCGAUGUCGGGCCCUCGCUAAGCGCAGCCGGCAGCCAGACCAUAAUGGAUGACGUAGACGGUGUGGAUGGAGACGACGAUGACAUCGACGAUUUCGACCGGCUGCGCAGCGUACGUGAACAAGAGAGGAAAGAGAAGUACCGACAGAAAUUGAUGGCUCGGUCUGUUAGCGCACAACAGCCAACAGGCAGUCAAGAAUUAAUAGACAAUGUGCUUUUAUUAGAAGAAUUACUGAUGCAGUCUGAAGCAUUGAAAAAAGAAAAAUCGGAACAGGAUUCCAAAGAAGAGACAUCUUGACAGUAUAUAUUUGAUUGGAAUGAGUUUUGAGUCAGUAUUAUAAAAUGUGAUACUUUACUAUUGUAUGUAUUGCUUUAAGCUAACAUCGACGAACCAUGUGUUAUUAAUUUAUAAGAGUAUUGUGUACAUAGAUAAUGAAACCUGGGUAAUAAAGAAUUGUACUGUU